UCUCUGUGUGGAGGAUGGCGAGGAGGAUGCAGAGAGACUGUGGCUUGUAGCCUUUUACUAGCACUGAAGCUCCAGUCAGGCCACCGCUGCCGAGGAAGAGAAAGAAAAGUGGCAGACCACGCUGUCAGACAAGCGGGUUAACCUCGGAGUGUCGGCCUGCUGAGUGACAGACCGCCAAGCCGGGCUCUGUUACGUGGGCCCCCGCCUUCUCUCAUCUCCAGCCCUGGUUGGUGGAGACUGGAGACACGGUCCUGUCCUGUCAUGGCAUCCAACAGCAUCUUUGACUCCUUCUCCAACUACAGCAGCAGUCUACUUAGAGAGCCGCCCACCACAAGACGGUUCACACCGCCCUCCACGUCCUUCCCCUGCAGUAAGAUCGGAGACGGCAACGGGCCCAUGGCCACCCCGGGGCCCAUGAGGACGCGGCCAGACAACAGGAACGUGGUGGACGUCCUGGCGGACCACGCCGGAGAGCUAGUGCGGACCGACAGCCCCAACUUCCUCUGCUCCGUGCUGCCGUCGCACUGGCGGUGCAACAAGACGCUGCCCGUGGCUUUCAAGGUCGUUGCGCUCGGCGACGUUCCCGACGGGACACUGGUCACUGUCAUGGCCGGGAACGAUGAGAAUUACUCGGCCGAGCUGCGGAACGCCUCCGCGGUGAUGAAGAACCAAGUGGCCCGCUUCAACGACCUCCGCUUCGUGGGCAGGAGCGGACGAGGAAAGAGCUUCACUCUGACCAUCACAGUGUUCACCGGACCGCCUCAGGUGGCCACCUAUCACCGUGCCAUCAAAGUCACUGUGGACGGACCCCGGGAACCACGCAGACACCGAGUGAAGAUGGAAGACACCACGAAGAUGCAGUUUUCCGACCGGCUGUCAGAAAUCGAGCGCUACCAGCGGUCUAUGCGGAUAGGCCCAGUGAACAACAAUCCACGCCCCAUCCACCAGACACACCUCAGUACCACACAAGGUCUGUGGCCGGAGCAAAUGGAUACACCCACUCUGAAGACCUGUAAGGUGGAGGAGGAUCUGAGAUCAUGGCCAGGGACUACAGACCUCUUCCCACAGAGGAGUACCUUCCCCUCUCUGUCCCCGCUGACAGACCCUCGCUUCUCAGACCCCCGCAUGCACUACCCGGGGGCCUUCCCUUACUCUGCCAACACCUCCAGCACCGGCAUCAGCGGUCUCAGCAUGUCGGCCUCCUCUAGAUACCACACCUACCUGCCGCCACCUUACUCAAACAACCAGUCUCAAAACUUCCAGUCCAACUCUUACCUGUAUUACGGCACGGGCUCCGGAUCCUACCAGUUCUCUAUGGUGGCACCAGGAAACACUGGGGGUGAGCGCUCCCCUACCCGCCUCCUUUCAUGCUCCGGGGCCACGGGCACUGGAGGGGCCAACAGUCUGAUGAACCCGGGCCUGAACACCCAGAGCGAGGGCGUGGAAGCCGACGGCAGCCACAGCAACUCCCCAACAGCUAUGAGCGCUUCAGGUCGUUUGGAUGAAUCCGUCUGGAGGCCAUAUUGACUGGAAGAGAGCUAGAAAAUUGGGAGAUUGGGAGGAGAGAGGGUGGAGAAGUGAAAAUAUUGAUGAACAACAAAGCUGAACACUGAAAAAAAACAAAACAAAAAUGUUGCAUGUUUGCCUUUGUUUUCUUGCUUUAAAGACUUUUGCUUUUACUGUUUGAAGACAUUUUGUUGUUUCAGAGUGAACUCUUGCACUGCGCUGAAACCUGUACUCUCAAAGACCUUCCAAAGCCAUACGAGUCAAAGUGGCACUCAGCGGAGACUGUAAAUAAUUGUUAGAAAGCCAUCGCAGUGAUGUAGACAGGUACUCGAGGUCAAACGAACACCGGCGUGGAGGUGCAAACAAUUAGUAUGUCUGCUGAGAUGAAAGCCACAGCAGACGUUCAUCAAACAGACUGCUCAGACUGAUCCAGCCAACUUGGCAGGUGGAGAAGAGAAGUCAGACUGGUUUUCUGCUCCAUCACUGGUUAAGCAUGGCUGCACUGCUGUGGCAAUCGUCCCUUUAAGCUUUCAUUUCUGUAAAAAAUUUGCAUCAGAUGUAAAAAUGUUUUCACGAGCAUACAGGCCUGUUUCAUGUGCUCAGAGUACUUCUGCAGAACCUUUUGGUCUAUUUAUUAUCCACAGAGAGACAUUAACCUUUGGUUAGAGAGGAAAUGUCUCAGAACAAUUGCUGCAUUAUUGAGAAGCGUUUUCAAGAUUAAGAAAUGAAUUCUCUGCUGUUUCAUCAUGUUCCAGCAGAACAAUGGAUGAUUAUUGAAGGAAUGAGACAAAAACAGUUUGGUUUAUUUUCUGCAGAUAAGUUGAGUUCUGUUGUCUGUACUUCUUACUUUUAUUUCUUUAUUCAAGCUUUUUCGUAAGUUUUAAAGUCCUCGCCAGAAUUUAUUUUUAUUUUCAUUAUUUUAACUGGACAACGUGGUUUACUUUUGAUAUUUAUUUGAGCCAAACUUUGGGGAAAUGUAUGCAAAUACCCCAAAUCCUUAAGCAUUUCUUUCAUUUUUCAUUUUUUAUAAGCAUUUAUACAGUAUAUUUACCAUGUUUGUUAAGUAUGAAUUUGGAGUUUUUGUAAUAUAUUGCAACUAAAUUAUGAAAAAAACCUUUUAAUGUAAUUUUGUUGCCUUCCAAUGUAGCUUUGGUGCACUAAAACCUUUAUUCCAAAUGGACUAUGCCCAAAAAGAUCCUAGAGCCAUGAUCUUUUAUUUACAAUUUGCCUUCCUGCGCUUACAAAACAAAAAAAGAGCUAAUUUUUUGCACUAUUUUUUUGACUUUCCUUAUAUUUUGCUUGAUUUGAAAGUGCGCAGAGCGAAAUAUGAAAUAUUCCUGUGCAUGUUGUUCAAACACACUUCAAGUGUCCUUUUGAAAAAUAUUACACAAAAAUAAUUACAAUCCUGCAGUACAGGUGUGUCUGCACAUUCCCCCCAUCCUGAGUGCCUUUUUAAAGAGACAGAGGGAAGAGGAGGGUCCAGAGCGGGAUCUUCUUACCAACCGUCUCUUGUUCUGCACAGGUCCCUUUGUUCUGAGUCAUCAGUAGCGCUUUGAAGCAUUUGUGGUCACAACUGUCCCUCUUGUUCUAAUUUACUAGCCUUUGUUCACACGCCUGUGCAGACCAUUCUCUCCUGUGCCGAGAGCUGAGGUAUUUGCAACAGAUAUCAGGUGUCUGAUAGCAAAAGACUGUAGUUGUGACUCAGAAAUGGUUGCUACAGAGCUGAGGUUUGAUCUCUGAGUAAAUAGUGACCCAAACACGCUUGCAUUUGGAGCUCAGGUGAAGAAAUACAUGUAUGCAAGACGUUUUCAGCUUUAUUCCACAAAUGUUGUCUCAUUCCUACUAAGGAAAAGCAUGUUGUAUUUUUAGCCACUCAAACCUCAACUCUGUUAAAAACAUGACAAUCAUGCAGCUAGAGAAAUCACAUGAUGUUUGUGUGGUUACUUUCUAUAAAAACCAAAGAUCUAUACAACUGCCUGUAAAACUCUUUAAAUGUUGAGAUUUGUGGCGACUCAUCUGUGUUGAAUGAACUUUAUUGUCCUUGUUUAUGCAAAACUAUGAAGCCAAAGUGUACAAGUCAGUCCAAUUUUGUAUGUUUAAUUAAAGAGCACAAUGUUCCAUCAGUUUUCUUUUUAAAAGAAUCCCAGUUUCAUUUUAGGUCAUUCUUCUCUCUUCGUUGCUCUCUAUGCUGAAAGCAUGUACAUCUGAAACUGAUAUGUUAAUUUAAAAAAUAUGUGUAUGUGCUGAAACCAUUACUGCUUCCAUAUGAGUGCUUGUAAAGUUUGCGGAUAAUGUAGUUUUUAAUCAUUUUAAUUAAAAAAAAAAGACGCCUCA